GCACAGUGGCAGCGAAACGGGUUGAAGCUUAAUCAAUACUGUGUAUCCCGUUGUAGACAGUCCGCAGAGGAUCUUUUUAGCGCUAAGGGUUUCCAAACGGUUGUUUGCACUGCUGUUCUCAGACGUGGGCUGAAUCCACAGCUCUGCAAAGGGGAAACAAGCUGCAUUUUUAACGCGUUGACGCCUCUGAUGCUGCAUGGAUCCGCAUGGGCAAAGUGUGCUACUGAUUGGAACAGGGGAUGUUGAUCACACACGAGCAGCUGCAAUAUGAUAACAACUGGAUACCGUGAGUGGUGUGUUUGAAGGAAAGACGUGUGUGGUUAGGCUGCUCAUCGUCCUGUAGGCUACCAACACUAUGCUGUCCUUGUGGCCAUUGAACACUUGCGUGGGUCGAGAUGAUGGUCGUGCGUUUGAGGGGAAAUCAUAUGUGUCUUACCAUGCGCUGGACAGCAUCACCAAGCUUCUCACAGGUGGACGACUUGCUUGAAUCAAUGAAUCAACACAGAUAGCAGCAUGUAGAUAUUAUUUUCCUUCCCUGCCUCGGCUCGACCGGAUGUUUUAUUUGCCUGAUAAAAGAGGCGAUCAGCUAGGAGGACAUGUCAUAGUUGCAUCCAAGUCUUUCUCGCCCACUAUCGUAGCUGCAGCUGUCAUUUUGGUGGCUUGAUGUAGGCUAUGUGUUGACAAUGUGACAUGUCAUAUGUGCAGAUAAUUCCCUCUGAUGGCUACGUGGGCUCCCUGACUGUGAUGUUCUGGUCAUCCGGGAGUUACUCCCAGAUGAUUUGGGAUCUUAUUUAAUUAUUUCUUAAGAGGUAUCCAAUGUAAUGGAGGCAGUUUUAAUUAAUUUCACAGUGAGGACUCCAAGACUGGAAUCCACAACGAACUUGGGUCAUCAUGGAUUCUGACUGAAACUGGAUUUUGGGUAACCUUCAAGAUCAGCCAGUUGGCCUCCUUUUAGGUAACACCAAGAUUGUUGACCUGCAAGAUGUUCGAUAUGUUAACCCAAUGAACUUAAAUCAUUCAGAUGAACAGACAGGUACAGGAAGGCUACUGUUUAUUUUAGGCAAUUAGGCCUACCUCUUUCUGUGAAAAAAGCUUUUCCUCAGAAGUCUCUUUUGUGACGACCAUGGUUGCAGGCCACAACCACUAAACUUAUGGUUGUUUUAAAGACUUGAGUUUUUAAUUGGCAAGCUUUUCUGUUUCUUUCGUUGAAAUUUUGUUUUACAUUUGAAAUUGACGAGCUGUCAGGGCAACAUGUCCAGAGCGAACAGUGUAAGCCCGCCCGGCGUCGGUGCUCCUGGGCUGAGGGGAGGGACGGAGCACAGAUCAGCUUGGGGCGAGUCAGAGGCCGUUGCGAACGGAUGUCCAUACUCGGCCCGAUCCUCUAGCAGAAAGCUCGCACGGUCCAACAGCAGAUGGAGGGAGGAGGACGAUUUCGACCGACAACCCGGGAGAGCAGCUACCACCACCGCCACCACAACCGUCAGCCGAGUUAGUUUCAGGUCCAAAUCUGCGUGGCAAGAACAUGGGGAGGGAAGUCGCAACAAUAACCGCUCGUCCCCAAGGUACACGGAUGGCGAAGUAAGACCCAAGUCGGUGGAACUGGGUCUGGAGGAGAGGAGAGCCAAGUCCAAGCCAGAGGAGGAAGACGCCGUCUCCGACGUCCACUUUUCUAUGUUCUCAAUGGUCGCAUGCUGCACCAGCGUGAUGCAUAUUUUCAAGUCCAAAAAGUUUCAGUCGGAAAAGUUGGAGAAGUUGUACCAGCGCUACUUUUUCCGACUUAACCAGAGUAGCCUCACCAUGCUCAUGGCUGUGCUUGUGCUUGUGUGUGCGGUCAUGCUCGGAUUCCACUGCGCCGGGGGCAUCUGUCGCCUAACUUAUGUGGUUGUUUUCUCCAUGGCUAUCUUGCUUAUACUAGUCUUGAUGGUAGUGUGCAAUCGGAAUGGCUUCCAUCAGGACCACAUGUGGAUCGUCUGCUACGUCGUGAUAUUGGUCGUGCUGGUGGUACAGGUGAUUGGAGUCAUUCUGGUGCAGCCAAGGAGCGCCUCCGAAGGAAUAUGGUGGACCGUUUUCUUCAUUCAUGUCAUCUACACGCUGCUGCCUGUCAGGAUGCGGGCGGCAGUUGUCACCGGGCUGGUGUUAUCGGCUAUACAUGUCAGCAUUUCGUGGAGGCUGAACGAGAUGGACGUUCUCCUAUGGAAACAGCUGGUAUCAAACGUGCUGAUCUUCUCCUGUACCAACAUCGUGGGGGUGUGUACCCACUACCCGGCUGAGGGCUCCCAGAGGCAGGCCUUCCAGGAGACCCGCGAGUGCAUCCAGGCUCGACUCCACUCCCAGAGGGAGAACCAGCAACAGGAACGCCUCCUGCUCUCUGUGCUUCCCCGCCACGUUGCCAUGGAGAUGAAGGCUGACAUCAACGCCAAGCAGGAGGAUAUGAUGUUCCACAAGAUCUACAUCCAGAAGCACGACAACGUCAGCAUCCUGUUUGCUGACAUAGAGGGCUUCACCAGCCUGGCGUCCCAGUGCACCGCACAGGAGCUCGUCAUGACACUCAACGAACUCUUCGCCCGCUUCGAUAAACUGGCAGCGGAGAACCACUGCUUGCGCAUCAAGAUCCUGGGUGACUGCUACUACUGUGUGUCGGGGCUGCCAGAGGCACGAGCCGACCACGCCCACUGCUGUGUGGAGAUGGGGGUGGACAUGAUCGAGGCCAUCUCGUUGGUGCGGGAGGUGACGGGCGUGAAUGUGAACAUGCGUGUGGGCAUCCACAGCGGGCGCGUGCACUGCGGGGUGCUGGGGCUCAGGAAGUGGCAGUUUGACGUGUGGUCCAACGACGUCACCCUGGCCAAUCACAUGGAGGCGGGCGGCGAAGCUGGUCGGAUCCACAUCACCAAGGCCACACUGAACUACCUGAAUGGAGACUACGAUGUGGAGCCUGGAAAUGGGGGCGAGAGGAACGUCUACCUGAAGAAGCACAAUAUCGAAACCUACCUCAUAGUGGGCUGUAGCCAGAAAAGGAAAGAGGAGAAGGCGAUGAUUGCCAAGAUGAACCGCCAGCGCACCAACUCGGUGACCCACAACACGUCGCACUGGACGGACCGGCCCUUCUACAACCACCUGGGCACCAACCAGGUUUCCAAGGAGAUGAAGAGGAUGGGCUUUGAAGAUCCCAAGGACAAACAUUUCGGUUUCAGAAACACGCAGGAGAACCUGAACCCGGAGGACGAGGUGGAUGAGUUCCUCGGCCGCGCCAUCGACGCCCGCAGCAUCGACCGCCUGCGCUCCGAACACGUCAAGAAGUUCUUGCUCACCUUCCGAGAACCAGACCUGGAGAAGAAGUACUCUAAGCAGGUGGACUCUCGGUUUGGGGCCUAUGUGGCCUGUGCCUCCCUGGUCUUCUUGUUCAUCUGCUUCAUCCAGAUUGUCAUUGUGCCACAUUCGAGCCUGAUGAUUGGGUUUUACGUGACGUGCCUGAUUCUGCUGAUGGUGGUCAUGUUCAUCUCCGCCAUAUACUCGUGUUUUGGGCUCUUCCCAGUGCCUAUGCAGACGCUCUCCAAGCGCAUUGUCCAGUCCAGACUGAACAGCACCCUGGUGGGAGUCUUCACCAUCAUCCUGGUUUUCCUCUCUGCCUUUGUCAAUAUAUUCAUCUGCAGUACAGCUAACCUGCGGUCUUGUCUGAGUCGUGAGUUCAACGUGAGCCCCAGCAGUAUCAACGCGUGCCAUGUGCGCCGCUCGGCCUUCAACUACUCCCUUGGCACGCUUGAUGGAUUCUGUGGAAGCUCUGCGCCCAACUGCAACUUCCCAGAGUACUUCUCCUCAUGUGUGCUGCUGAGUCUGCUGGCGUGUUCGGUCUUCCUGCAGGUGAGCAGCAUAGGGAAGCUCUUCCUCAUGCUCUUCAUCGAGCUGCUCUACGUGCUCAUCAUGGAGGUGCCCGAGGUCAGCCUCUUCGACAACAUGGACCUACUGGUCAUGGCCAACGCCAUUGAACACAUCAAUGGAACAAGCUGUGUGAUGGACAACAAGGUGCCUCUGAAGAUCGUGACUCCGGUGGUGAUCACCGUGUUUGUGCUGGCCCUCUACCUCCACGCACAGCAGGUGGAGUCCACCGCUAGACUCGACUUCCUCUGGAAACUACAGGCCACGGAGGAGAAGGAGGAGAUGGAGGAGCUGCAGGCGUACAACCGGCGCCUCCUCCACAACAUCCUGCCUAAAGACGUGGCGGCCCACUUCCUGCAGCGGGAGCGGCGUAACGACGAGCUGUACUACCAGUCGUGCGAGUGCGUGGCCGUCAUGUUCGCCUCCAUCAGCAACUUCUCCGAGUUCUACGUGGAGCUGGAGGCCAACAACGAGGGAGUGGAGUGCCUACGCUUGCUCAACGAGAUCAUCGCAGACUUUGAUGAGAUCAUCAGCGAAGACCGCUUUCGUCAGCUGGAGAAGAUCAAGACGAUUGGCAGCACCUACAUGGCGGCGUCGGGCCUGAAUGACUCCACGUACGACAAGGCCGGCCGCUCUCACAUCAUCGCCCUGGCCGACUACGCCAUGCGCCUCAUGGAGCAGAUGAAGCACAUCAACGAGCACUCCUUCAACAACUUCAAGAUGAAGAUAGGUCUGAACAUGGGCCCGGUGGUGGCUGGCGUAAUAGGGGCGCGGAAACCCCAGUACGACAUCUGGGGAAACACGGUGAACGUGGCCAGCAGAAUGGACAGCACAGGAGUGCCUGAGCGGAUCCAGGUCACCUCCGACCUGUACCAGGUCCUCAGUUCCCACAACUACGUCCUGGAGCACCGAGGGGUCGUGAAGGUCAAGGGAAAAGGGGAGAUGACCACCUACUUCCUCAACGGAGGACCCAGCAGCAGCUAACGCCACUCCACCCCACCCGCUACACUUCCUCCCCUUGAAGCAGCUGCAACGGACGCUACAGCUAAAGAAACCAUUGAAGUGAGAUGGGGUGGAGCAGGGUGGAGAUGAGAAGAUGAGAGGAGAGGAAACGAGAGGAGACGAGAUGAGAGGAGAGGAGAGAGGGGACGGGGGAAGAAUCCUCUGGGUGGUGGACUAAAAUCCCAGGGGGGGGAUGUUUGUAAGAUGUGGUCUGGUCCCAACCUGGUUUGACAUCCCCUGAAUCCCUCUUGAAUAAUUCUCAUCGAACACCAUCCACCCCACAAACUCCUCACCACAACUGCUGGGAACUUUUUUGGACGGUCUGUUGGUCGGAUGGAAGAACCGUAAGGAACCUUGCACCUUCCCCACCCGCCCCACACCCACCUAUCCAAAUUGCUGCCGCCUCCUCCUCCUCCACCUCCUCCUCCUCCUCCUCCUCCUCCUGCACCCUCUUCCUAACACUGGUUGCGUGUCUCCCUAUGUGAGGCACUAGAUGCCAAGAGGACCUCCCCAUCCAGGCACCCUCCUGUCCCGGAAGCUGAGGUUGUGACCAAAAGAGACCAAAGAGGCACUGAGCAGUAAGACCAGGUACAGCAAAAGCAGCAGUCCAAAUGUUUUUUUUUGUUUUUUUUCAUCGGGGGCUUUUGUGCCUUUAUGGAUAGGAAAGUGAAGAUUACGACAGGUAGACAGUGGGUGGGAGGGAUGGGGUAGGGAUGGGAAAUGUCCCAAACCGGGUUUGAACAUAGGCCCCCAUGAGCUUGUGGUCUGUUUAUGGUGUGGGCACUAGCGUGAUGCGCCACUGCAACCCGCCAUCCCUCUUUAUGUUUUUUUUUUUGCAUUUUCCUCUGCUGUUCUUAGGACUGCAAGAGGUCCUCAGACUUGAGAAGUGUGGUCUCUCUGACAGCAGCGUUCUGGAGGUCGUGGUUAAUUACUGUGCUAUCCAUCUCCGGGACGUCAUCAAGACUCUGGAGGCUCUGCUAAAGGCACAACCGCUACACGCGAGGACAGUGACAGGCGACGCGUGUAAAACACACCGCUGUUUUUUUAUGUGUAUAUUUAUCUGUGCACCCGUCAUUGAGCCAGUGCGUGCUUCGUUAGGGUCACAACAUAUUUCUUUGAACACCCAUCAAAUGGUACGGAUGUGACGGCAGUGAAAAAAAACAAAAGUGAAAGGAAAAUCAAAACCAUGGGUGAACUAUGAACUAAAAUGGCUGCCAAAAAAAACGCCAGAACCAUCAUGGUACUCACAACCCUUUACUUGGCUUAAGCUUGGAAAUACGUGCUGACAGUGUUACCUGUCUGGGUACUUGAAUGAACAGAUUAAGACUGUGUGUGUGAGUUUCUUUGUGUAUGUGAGUGUGAGUGUGAGUGAGUGUGUGUGUGUAUGUACAGAUGGAUGGAAGGUUGUACAGUAUGUGCAGUAUGGAUGGUGUGUGCACACGUGUUCUUACACAAUCCCCCAAUCCCACAUAUGUUCACACACAGUUCCACUGAUGUCCGAUUCAACUGAAGACACUUUCAAAAACAGGCGACAAGGAAAGUCCCAAGUUAAAGAGUCUUUUUGUAUUUAUGACAUUUUUGUAUUUGACUCAAAAUACCAAACCUUCAAAUAUUUCAGAUUCUAUAUUUUCUACAUUGAUAGAGAGCUCUAGAUAUCGAGAAAAGACGGAUCUAUGGACACCAUUGUGUAUUGAGAUGUGUAUAUAUAUCUAUACCUGACAAAAAUGUAAUUAAUUAUCAGUGCGCACAUUUGUACACCCGCUCAAACACGAGAUAAUCACACAGGUUUAGUGCUUUGAAAGGACAGUAGCUUCACAGACCACAUACGCAUCACUCGUAACCAAUCAGAAACCUGGUCUUGUCAGAACAUCCUCCCAGGCACUUCCUGUAUAUCUCCAGGUGGUCAGACCACACAGGAAGAGGUUAUAAGGUCCUCUUCCACUCCAUGGCUCUUGUGGUUAGCCACAAUUCAGCCAAACCCCAUGCCUUUUCCUAUCAGUCAGAAUGAGGCAAGUGACUGAGUAAUGGUGAAUGAAGUAAGCUGUGAAGAUUAAGUCAACAGUGUUAUAAAAUUGUUUUACAGUCCAUGUAAGGUUAUUGGGCAAGCAGAAAGUGGGAAAGAUCAUAUUCUUUCUACAGUAGGAGCCAGAUUUUUUUUUAUUGUACCAUGCCUUGUUGACUGUACCAUGAUUGCUCCUUGCAGGGUGUGAGCUCAAAAUACCUUGGAAGUCUCACGGUAUGCAAAUGAAAAUGGAAAACUUUAGUGGCUCCUGCUGUAUAAUGGCAGACGAGAUAUGGGAAAAUGUCUUAGAUUAGGGCUACACUGGAUCAGGACCGUAUUAAGACAAUGUGGCGCCCCCAGGCACAAUACCUCAUCGGUGCCCCCUUUAUAAACAAUAUUUGUUAAGUUUGUGUCUUCUGGUGCCCCCUUUACGGGUCAAAAAUGGUUGGUGCCCC